AUGAAAGAAAGCUCCUCAGAACUACUCUUUGGACGUCUCCUAUUUUACUUAGGUGAAUAUAAAACAGCUGGUACAUACGUGAAAGAAAUCGCACCAAUUCUACUUGGGAAAGAUAAAUAUGAAAGUUUGGCACGAUUUUGUUUUGACAUUGGACGUCGAUAUUACUUAAAUGGUGAAAUCGAUUUUGCUCUGGAUACGUAUUAUUCAACCUUGAAAUAUUCAACAAAUCAUACACUUGUUGCAUGUACACUAUUUACAAUUGCUAAUGUAUAUUUUGAACGAAAUGAUUAUGAGCGAGCACUUGAUUAUUAUCAAAAAAUAGUUGAAAGUGAAAAGGCGUUGUAUGACUGUGAUAGCUUACCAUCAGCAGUUUAUACUACAAUGGGUAUAAUUUAUCAAAGUAUGGAAGAGACAACACAAAAUAUUAUUGCACCAAAACCCGGUACCAAAUAG